CGUUUGUUUUCCAAAGAGUGGGGUUUCAAGAUAACCACCUCCAGCCCGAAGUAUCCCCAGUCCAAUGGUUUAGAGGAAAGGAAUGUGCAGACCAUAAAGCAGCUCAUGCGCAAAUGUCACUACGAAGGGUCGGACCCAUAUUUAGCACUGCUCAAUUACCGGAGUACACCAAUACCUGAGUUGAAAGCGUCUCCAGCCCGACUUCUUAUGAGUCGCAACCUGAAAACAAGACUACCUACGGCGUCGGCACUGUUGCAACCAGACGUUAUCACCAACAUCUCCGAGAAUCUAAGGGCACGACAACAUCGUCAAAAGUAUUACUACGAUAGACAAGCGCAGCCGAUGCGUGAGCUGGAAGCAGAAGAGGUAGUUUGUAUACAACGCGACAAGCAGUGGGAACCCGCUGUGGUAACUCAGAAGCACACUGCACCCAGAUCAUACAUUGUCACUCAAAAUGGGCGCAGCCUCAGAAGAAAUCGCCGACAUAUUCAUCCGACACUGGGAGCACCACCCAAUCAAAAUCAGGAACCAGCUUUGGACGAUUAUUUAUCGAGAGUGAACACAAGCAGCCAAACUGACAAACCGAGACCUAGCACAAUCGACGACAAGGGAGAACAACCAACCCUGGAAACCUACAGGACCUCCAGCGGGCGAGAAGUUAGAGGACCAAAGAAACUGGAUGACUAUGUUUAAGACAAUGUUGCUAAAAACUUGAAGGAGGGAGAUGUAACAGACACAGGCGUGUCUGGUUAAUUAGAUAAUACAAUUAGGCUUAUAUAUGUGACUAGAACAGUUGUUGAUUAGUAGUCUUCAGUAGCAGAGUCUAGUGAGCGUAAGCUGAACGUAUAAUUGAUAUCAUCACAUU